AUGGUUUCCAGAGAAGGGCCGGGCGCGGCUCCCAAUCACCCAUCACUCACGUUUGCGAAGACGCUGGAGGGCGCCCUGCCCGAUGUCCCCAAGCCCACGGGCAACGUGGGCUUGAAUAUCCUUCUUGUCGGAGCGGGUCUCGGAGGGCUGGCCACGGCCAUCGCUCUCACACAAGCCGGCCAUAAAGUCACCAUCUACGAGCAGACCCCCAUGCUGGGGGAAGUGGGUGCGGGGAUUCAAAUCCCAUCCAACUCGACCCGCAUCUUGUUUAAGCUCGGGCUGGAGCCCUAUCUGAAGCCUUAUGUCACCGAGCCAGAAUCUAUCUCCUUCCGUCGAUGGCAGAAUGGGGCGGUGAUUGGGAAGACCAGGCUACUUCCGGACUUCAUCGAUAACUUUCAGGCGCCUUAUUACGUGAUCCAUAGGGCAGACUUUCACUCGGCGUUGUGUCGGAAAGCCAAUGACAUGGGUAUCGACAUCCGGCUGGGGGCUAGAGUCGUCGAUUACGAUCCGGUUCUGGGUAGCAUCACCUUGAAAGACGGCACAAGCCACAGGGGAGACCUGGUCGUUGCGGCGGACGGCAUCAAGUCCGUGGCUCGGAAGGUAGUCCUCAAUGGCGAGGAUAUGCCUUUCAUAAAGCCCGGCUUUGCUGCGUAUCGGGCGGUCGUCGACGUGAACCAGAUGCGAAAUGACCCCGAAGUGUCCUGGAUUCUGGAGCGACCCGCACUGAAUGUUUGGAUCGGCGACUCGAGACACGUCAUGACCUAUACGAUCGGGGCAGGCAACGCCUUUAACAUGGUGCUCUCGCACCGGGAUACCUCGGACCCGGCCACGUGGGAUAAGCAGACGGCCCUGCAGGAUAUGAAGGCCGAAUUCCAGGGAUGGGACCCUGUCCUCACCAAGAUCAUUGGGAUGGUAGAGAAGACAAUCAAAUGGCCCUUGAUGAGCGGCUCGUUGCUCACGCGCUGGACAAGGGGCAAGUUAGUCAUUCUGGGCGAUGCGGCUCAUGCAAUGCUGCCAUAUAUGUCACAGGGCGCGGCGAUGGCCGUGGAAGACGGCGUGGCUCUGGCACGCUCCUUAUCCCACAUGCAAUCCCCGGAGCAGCUGUCCAAGGCAUUAGCCAUUUUCGAGAAAGUGCGGAUUGUCCGGGCGAGCCAGAUGCAGGAGGCCAGUCUACUAAAUGGCCAGCUAUGGCAUUUUGCGGAUGGUCCCUUGCAGGAGGCGCGUGAUGCGGCCAUGGCGCGGGAAGUGAAGGGUCUCCCCUUCAGUCACAGUCCAAAUCAAUGGAGCGAUCCGGCCACACAGAUGUGGUGUUAUGGCUACGAGGCGGAGCGCGAGAUUGACCGGGCAUGGACAGACAUAGAGGUGGUUUCGGAAAGAGCAGAGAGCCGAUACUGUAGCAUGUUAUAA